UUGUUUAGAAUAAACAGAAGAAACUGACUAGUUUCGGAAGCGCUUGGAUCUUGCAGAAUAUUCUCGAAGUUGCUGCGUGCCUAUAUAAUUGAGAGAGGCAGAGAGGGAGGUCUUCAUAAACUGGAUUGUUGGGUUGCUCCGUCUGACAGCUCGUUGAGUUACAAACUCACUGGCACUUGCAAGCGGAUAAUACUGAAGAAAAGUUUAUUGAUACUAUCGUUUUCAAUGUUAGGUCGGAUGAACUCGCGCACAUAAGUGCAUGACGUGGGGCAUUUAGUUGUAUUACCGUCGUCGAACUUGACAUUAAGUUAGCUAACUAGCUAACACACUUAGUAGAUCUGUGCUGAUAAACUCGCUUAAGUGAAGCCCGAUGGUGAAAAUGGGUAAAGAGUACUACAGUGUUUUGGGAAUACAGAAAGGUGCAUCGGACGAUGAGAUCAAGAAGGCUUAUCGCAAGCAGGCUCUGCGCUAUCAUCCGGACAAAAACAAGUCGCCAGACGCGGAGGAGAAAUUCAAAGAAAUCGCUGAGGCAUACGAUGUACUUAGUGACUCAAACAAGAAAGACAUCUACGACAAAUAUGGGGAAGAAGGCCUGAAGGGCGGCAUCCCCGGCGGCGGCGGCGGGGGCUGUGGCGGUGGCGGCAUGGGCCCCAACUUCACCUACACCUUCCAGGGCGACCCGCACGCCAUGUUCUCUGAGUUCUUUGGCGGCCGCAGCGCCUUCGACGUCCUCUUCGGGCGCAACGGCGGCAUGGAGGACAUGGGCACAGACGACCCCUUCGCCAGCUUUGCCAGCAUGGGCGGCAUGCCCGGGAUGGGCGGGAUGGGCGGCAUGGGUGGUAUGGGCGGCAUGCCCGGCAUGUCCUUCCCCUCGGGGAGGACAGGCGGCACGGGGCGCCCUGCGCAAAGGAAGAAGGACCCGCCGGUGGUGCACGAGCUGAGCGUGAGCCUGGAGGAGGUGAUCGUGGGCUGCACCAAGAAGAUGAAGAUCUCCCGCAGGCGCCUGAUCGCCGACGGGCGCAGCACGUGCUCCGAGGACAAGAUCCUGGCGGUGGAGAUUAAGCGCGGCUGGAAGGAGGGCACCAAGAUCACCUUCCCCGGCGAGGGCGACGAGACGCCCACCAACCUCCCCGCCGACGUCGUCUUCGUCGUCAAGGACAAGCCGCAUGCCGUGUUCCGGCGCGACGGCUCCGACGUGGUCUACCCGGCCAAGAUCACACUCAGGGAGGCUCUCUGUGGCUGCACUGUGAACGCCCCUACGCUGGACGGGCGCACCGUCACCGUGACGAUGCAGGACGUCGUGCGGCCCGGCAUGAAGCGGCGCGUCACGGGGGAGGGGCUCCCGCUGCCCAAGAACCCAGAGCGCCGGGGCGACCUCGUCGUCGAGUUCGAGGUCAAGUUCCCCGAGAGGCUGAGCCAGAGUGCCCGCGACACCAUCGCCCAGGUGCUGCCCGCAUCAUGAACCCCAACAACUUGUCUCCCCACGGCCCCCCCCC